AUGCUCUCCACCUAUGAAAAGGAAGGCCUGGCCAUUCUCUUGGCGGUAGACCAUUGGCGUGCGUAUCUCCAGAAUGACGAAUUCAUAGUACACACAGACCAGUGCAGUCUCAUUCACUUGGAGGACCAGCGACUAGCGACACCAUGGCAGCAGAAGAUCAUGGCCAAGCUGCUCGGGCUCCGCUAUCGCAUCAUCUACAAAAAAUGA